UGAUGUAAUACAGACGACUUCAACUUCCCCUUAAAGCACAUAGACUUAUUAUAAUGUUCACUGAACUCGUUUAUUUGAUGAAUUUAGGAUAUCGUGGUGGUUACCAACUUUGUCAUUGACUGGGAUAUUUUGUAACACAUAUGAUCUAAGGAUUGAUACUAGAACGAGAAUUGAACUCAACUUACCUUCGUUUAACAUCAACGAAGAUGAUCCUUAUUCUGUUGUUAUCGGUUAUCGUUGUUUUAUUCGUAUGGAAUUAUUAUGUGCAUUACGGAUCUAGAAAAGGCCGGCUCAUCAAUCGUAUACCGGGGCCAGCGCCUGUAUUUCCGAUAGGCGGCAACGUAUUAGAGUAUCAACAAUCACAUGAGGCCCUCUGGAAACUCCUACGUUAUGAGACUGACUUUUACUAUCCCAUUAUUAAAAUAUGGUGCUUUUUCGUACCUGUUGUGUCUAUCCGUCAUCCAGAUGAUCUGAAGAUAGUACUUUCUCCGAUGAAGCAUCUCGAGAAGAGUGCCAUAUAUGACAUUCUACUCUCCUGGUUUAAUACUGGCCUUCUCACUAGCGCAGGUGAUAAGUGGCAUGCGCGACGGAAGAUAUUAACGCCUGCCUUCCACUUUAAUAUAUUGCGGCAGUUCGUCGACAUUUUGAUCGAGGAGGGUGAACAAAUGACCAAAUCCUUGAAGGAUGGUAAAGGCGCGGUUGAGGAGGACUUAAUACCGUUUCUUAGCGAAUAUACGCUCAACGCGAUAUGCGAGACUGCCAUGGGUACCUCUUUAAAAGGCCUCGGCGCGUUCCAGAAAAAAUAUCGACAAGCAGUACACAAAAUGGGUUUGCUUCUAGUUUAUAGAUUAGUGCGGCCAUGGCUGCAUCCCAUACUCUUUGGAGGCUUGCUCUUUGAUAUAUCACCACCUGGCUUUCUUCAACGAAAACUUUUGCGAAUAUUGCAGGGGUUCACCGAUAAAAUAAUAGCUGAGAGGAAACUCUAUCAUGAACGUACCGGCGACCGAUAUUUGAAAAUCUUUGAAAAUGACAAAAUGACGGAGGAGGAUAACACAUACAUCGGAACGCGGAAAAAGCGGCUCGCUAUGCUGGACCUCCUGAUAGCGGCAUCGCGAGAAAAUCAUAUAACCGAUUUCGACAUCAGAGAGGAAGUCGAUACCUUCAUGUUCGCGGGACAUGAGCCUACGGCGGUGGGAAUAUGCUACCUUUUGUUAUUGUUGGCUGAGCACAAAGACAUUCAGGAUCGCAUAAGGGCUGAAGUCGAUAGCGUGAUGCAAGAAGAUGGAGAGAGAUUCACUCUGGCAAUGUUACAAAAGCUACCGUAUCUGGACAGAUGCUUGAAGGAAUCAAUGCGAUUAUAUCCCAGCGUGCAUUUCAUAUCGCGACUUAUCUCGGAAGAUGUAACAUUUCAAAAAAAAUAUGUGGUGCCAGCCGGUACGGUAGUGCAUCUCAAUAUCUACGGGGUCCACAGAGAUCCGAAUUUCUGGCCAAAUCCAGAAGUGUUUGAUCCAGAUAGAUUCUUGCCCGAGAGAAGCCAGAAUCAUCAUCCUUAUUCCUAUCUGCCGUUCAGCGCAGGACCACGAAAUUGCUUAGGCAAGUCGCGGACCUUCUCAUUCACUUACGAAUGAACAUUCAUAAAUAAUAAGAAAGAAAAACAAUCCGCUGCGAAAUAUUUCUGAUACACGUUACUAAUUAAUGA